GGAGGUGCACGUCAGAAGACCUUUGUAACAAAUCCAUGAAUCAGUUCCAUCCAAGAAUGUUGAACCCGCUUCGCUCCCGGGGACUAAACUCACCACAUUGGCUCGAACUCGCUGCGGAGCUGUUGCCUCCGGCUGCGGCGGCGCUUGAGCCGCCGCCUCCUAAGCCUAGAAAUCCAAGCAGGCCAUUGCCUCCGUUGUUAGAGCCGGCGCUUGUAGAGCUUGAGGUCUGGCGAGUGGAUAGAGCGCGCGAGCCUGCAUGUGGAACAGGAAAUGAGGUGCUGAGGGCCGUGCAAAGAGCGAGUGAGAGCAAGAUGAUGCGCAUGGCUAAGGCGUUGCUGAGCAAGUCCGGUUCUUCAAAUGUAAUUCCGGAGUGUUGCUUAGAUCUGAUCUGCUUUGACCCGACCGUGCGAGACACGGACAUUAUGAGAGAGGCGAGGAGGCCGGAGCUUCAUAUUUGCGAGUAUGGCUGCUCGCUGUGGGAGACGUGCGUCUGCGCUCGAAUGUGUCUGCCAAGGCUAUCGAUGGACAUACAUCUUCCCCGAAGUCACUCUUCUUGACACAGCAUCGCGGUACCUCCUUG